AUGAAAAGAGUGAAGAGAGUUUUGAAUUCUGUAAAAAAUCAUACAUCCUGUGUGAUUGCCAAUGAUGAUAAUGAUGUCGAAAAUAAGCGAAGUCGAAAAACUUCACGGGUACAAAAUGAAUCAAUGUCAAAGUCCAAUACAACGGGAAUGGAUCACGAAGAUUUUCGUCGUUGCGGAAAAGAUAUGGUUGACUUUAUCGCAGAUUAUUUAACAAACAUCAGUGAACGUCGAGUUACACCAGAAGUCGAACCAGGUUAUCUACGACCGAUGUUACCACGAAAUGCCCCGGAAAAAGGUGAAUCUUGGGAAGAUAUCAUGAAAGACGUCGAGCGCGCAAUCAUGCCUGGUAUAACACAUUGGCAACAUCCACGUUUUCAUGCGUAUUUUCCUGCCGGAAAUAGUUAUCCAUCAAUACUUGCUGAAAUGCUUUCGUCUGGUCUCGGUAUAGUUGGUUUUUCGUGGGCAGCAAGUCCAGCAUGUACAGAACUCGAACCAAUUACACUCGAUUGGCUUGGCCGAAUGAUGUCUCUACCAGCCUGUUUUCUUCCUUUCAAUCCUGCACAUGACAAUGAACCAGAAAUCUCGAUCGCGAAUACGGACUGUGAUUCACAACAUAGUGGAGGCGGUGCUCUACUUGGUUCAGCGAGUGAAUCGAUAUUAGUCGCUAUGCUGGCAGCUCGAACAAAUAAAAUGAAGAGCAAACGCUUAGAAAAGCCAUCGAUUGAGGAUGGACAAAUCUUAUCAAAACUCGUUUGUUAUACAUCAAAACUUGCUCAUUCCUGUGUAGAAAAAGCUGGUUUAAUAGCCAUGGUCAAAGUUCGUCAAUUAGCUGUCGAUGAACAUUACUCACUACGCGGAAAAACACUUGACGAGUGUAUACAAGCUGACAAACAAAAAGGCUUGAUUCCGUUUUUCGUGUGUGGAACAUUGGGCACAACAUCGUGUUGUUCACUUGAUAAUUUCGAAGAACUUGGUCAAAUCUGUCGACGAGAAAAUCUUUGGUUUCACGUCGAUGGUGCUUAUGCUGGUGCGGCACUUAUUUGCAAUGAAUUUCAAUAUUUGAUCAAAGGAUUCGAAUACGUGGAUUCGUUUAAUACAAAUCCGAACAAAUGGUUAUUAAUAAAUUUCGAUUGUUCAUGUUUUUGGGUACGAGAUAAAUGUGCAGUGAUUAAUGCUAUGUCAGUCGAUCCACUAUAUCUUCAACAUAAACACGCUGAAAAGGCGACAGAUUUACGACAUUGGGGUAUCGCAUUAAGUCGGCGAUUUCGCUCAUUGAAACUAUGGUUUACCAUUCGAAGUUAUGGUGUUGAAGGUCUCCAGCAUUACAUUCGCGAACAUUGUCGUUUAGCAAAAGUAUUUGCAAGUUUGAUAAACGAAGAUGAUCGUUUUGAAAUCAUCGGAGAUGUUGUAUUUGGACUUGUUUGUUUUCGUUUGAAAGGAAAAAAUAAACUCACACAGAAAUUAUUAUUAUGUUUGAAUGAUUCAGGACAAAUCCAUGUGAUACCAUCAAUGGUCAAUGAAAUCUUUUUCAUUCGUUUUGCUAUUUGUGCUAAAGAUGCGUGUGAAUAUGAUAUGCAUAUUGCAUUUCAAAUCAUUCAAACUCACGCUGAUGGAAUCCUAUUCGAAUAUCAAAAAACGACCUCGUCGACAUCAAUUCGUAAGAUCUAA